AUGACCCUGCCUACCGCCAUCAACGUUGGCUCCAUCCUUGCCGGAUUCGGUGUCGCUGCCGGCACCGGUGCUCUCUUCAUCUUCGGUGAGGUUCCCCGUGUGCGCAACGACAUCCUCCGCCAGCUCCCCUUCUUCGACACCUACUACGACCGCACCAUCGCCCCUGAGGACAACGUAAGUUUGGAUUCACAUCUUGAAUACUCGUCAAUUGGUGCUGGCGCUGACUUGAACUCUCCAGCCCUUCUAAAUUAUCUCGCGCGGAGAUACGCCUCUUACCUUUUGGAUCAAUAUGACUCGAGUGACUGGUUUGGGCUGUGCUGUGUAGAAUAUCAAUGA